UCAUUUUUGCGAAAGCCGUCUAAAUUUGAUAUGUAGAAAUAAGGGAGUAGCCCGCUGCAAUAGCUAUGGCGUUUCAUCAUGUUCUCCUACACUUUUGGCCACUAUUUCUCUCACACUCUAGAAGGGAUUUUCAUCAGUCACAGUUAAAUUGCCGUAGCUUACAACAAUCAACAGUUGAGAGCUCUUUAUCAUGCAUGGCAUACUCUUAGUUACACCAAAACCUUGAAACACUCCAUUAACUUGCCUAUAAUGUUUCUCUCUAGGUCUUUCUCUUCUUCUACUCUUUUGAAUUCAUAUAACAAUCUUCCAAAAUCAGUUUCUCUUCAAACUCUGCUCAAAAGAGGUUAUACUCCCAGUCUCAAGUCAAUCAACAAAUUCCUUCUCUUCCUCUCGCAAACCCGCAGAUUCAAUUCAAUCAUAUACUUUUUUUCGCAAAUGAAUUCCGAACAAAUCAAGGGUAAUUCCCAAACUCACUCAAUCUUCACCUGGGCUCUCCUCAAAUUGCACAAAUUUGAAGAAGCCGAGGAUUUUAUGAAUGCCCAGAUGAGAAAGAAUCAAUUUUCCCCCAAAAGUCGCAUGUUUGAUUUAUUAAUUCAAGGGUUUUGUAUUAAAAGAAACAACCCAGAAAAAGCAUUAUUAGUUUUGAAGAGUUGCUUGAGGAAUCAUGGUACAUUGCCUUCUUCUUUUACUUUUUGUUCGUUGAUAUAUAGCUUUAGUUCUUCAGGUAAUAUGAAUAGAGCGGUGGAGGUGUUAGAGUUGAUGGCUGAUGAAAAUGUUAAAUAUCCUUUUGAUAAUUUUGUUUGUAGUUCUGUAAUAUCAGGGUUUUGUAAGAUUGGUAAACCUGAAUUUGCUAUAGGGUUUUUCGAGAAAGCUACAGGUUUAGGAGCUUUAAGGCCUAAUGUUGUUAGUUAUACUGCUCUUGUAAGUGCCCUUUGCAAGCUGGGUAGAGUUAAUGAGGUUAAUGAUUUGGUUAGUAGGAUGGAAAAUGAAGGUUUGAUAUUUGAUGUUAUUUUUUUCAGUAGUUGGAUUUAUGGGUGCUUUAGGGAGGGUAAUCUGCUUAAGGCAUUCCGUAAACAUAGGAAAAUGGUAGAUCAAGGAAUUAAAAUGGAUGCUAUUAGCUAUACUAUACUUAUAGAUGGGUUUUCAAAAGAAGGACAUGUGGAAAAGGCAGUUGGGAUUUUAAACAAAAUGAUAAAAGAUGGGUUGAGACCUAAUUUAAUUACUUAUACUGCAAUCAUCUUGGGAUUCUGCAAGAAAGGGAAAUUGGAAGAAGCAUUCAAUGUGUUCAAGAAAGUUGAAGAUUUAGGAAUUGUAGUGGAUGAAUUUAUUUAUGCAACUUUAAUUGAUGGGGUUUGUAGGAAAGGUGAUCUGGAUUAUGCUUUUCAUCUACUGGAAGAGAUGGAGAAGAAGGGGAUUGAGCCAACUAUUGUUACUUACAAUACUAUUAUGAAUGGAUUGUGCAAAGUUGGCAGGACAUCUGAGGCAGAUGAGGUCUCAAAAGGGAUUCUUGGAGAUGUUGUCACGUACAGUACAUUGCUACAUGGGUACAUUAAAGAAGACAACAUGAAAGGGAUCAUAGAAACAAAGCAGAGAUUGGAAGAAAUGGGGAUUCAGAUGGAUGUUGUCAUGUGUAACAUACUUAUCAAAGCACUGUUUAUGGUAGGUGCACUGGAGGAUGCUCAUGCAGUUUACCAUGCCAUGCCAGAAAUGGAUUUGGUUGCAAAUUCUGUUACCUAUUGUACAAUGAUUGAAGGCUAUUGUAAAUUGGGGAGAAUUGAUGAGGCACUUGAGAUAUUUGAUGACUUUAGAGGGACAUCACAUUCUUCUGUAGCAUGCUAUAACUGUAUUAUUAAUGGGCUAUGCAGGAAGGGAAUGGUGGAUUUUGCCACUGAAUUUUUAAUUGAACUUGAUGAGAAAGGAUUGGUUUGUGAUUUAGGUAUCUUCAAGACAUUGUUUGAGGCAGCUUUUACUAAAGAUGGCGUGGAUGGAGUUCUUAACUUAGUUUACAAGGUUCAGAAUUUGGGUUCAUGGUUAUGUGACGUAAUGUAUAGUACCCUAAUAUCUUUCUUAUGCAAGAAAGGUUAUUCGGAGGCUGCAAUUAGAGUCUGGUUGAUAAUGAGGCGACAAGGUUCAGUUGUAACAAGCAAGUCUUACUGUUCCCUAUUGAAAGGGCUUACUGUUGAUGGAAGAAGAUCACUGAUUGGGCCUAUGUUAAAUAUAUUAGUCAAAGAAUAUGGCCCUGUUGAACCUUCCAUAAUCAAGAUGCUAAUACAUUACUUGUGUCUAAAUAAUGUGAAAAGUGCCCUUCAGUUUAUCAAGAAGAGGAAAGAUAAUGCCUCAACUGUCACCUUUUCUGUUUCUGUUCUCAAGGAACUUAUCAAGGAUGGCAGAGUCUUGGAUGCAUAUAAACUUGUCAUGGGAGCUGAAGGUAAUCUACCCUAUAUGGAUGUAUUUGAUUACUCACUCAUUGUUGCUAGCCUCUGCAAAGAAGGGCAUCUCAGUAAGGCCUUAGAUAUUUGUGCCUUUAUGACAUAUAGGGGGACUGCUCUUAAUAUUUUAACUUAUAAUUCACUUAUAAAGACCUUGUGUCGCCAAGGAUGUCUUGUUGAAGCAUUUCGCCUAUUUGAUUCAUUAGAAAAGAUUGAUUUGGCUCCCUCUGAAGUCACAUACAUCACACUGAUUGACAGUUUGUGUAAAGAAGGAUUUUUGUUAGAUGCCAAGCAAUUGUUGGAGAGGUUGGUGCUCAAGGGCUUUAAUCCUAGUACACGCAUUUAUAACUUGCUAAUUGAUGGUUAUUGCAAGCUUGGUCGAAUGGAGGAAGCCUCAAAAUUUUUGCACGAUCUGGAAAUAAGAUGCCUUAAGCCUGAUGAGUUCACUGUUAGUGCUGUGAUUAAUGGCUUUUGCUUAAAGGGUGAAAUGGAAGGGGCUCUUGGACAGUUUUUUGAGUUCAAGAGACAAGGUACAUUACCUGAUUUCUUGGGUUUUUUGUAUUUGAUAAGAGGACUAUCCACCAAGGGAAGGAUGGAAGAGUCGAGAAGCAUCUUGAGAGAAAUGCUUCAGUCAAAAUCUGUUCUGGAGCUAAUAAAUGGAGUUGAUUCCGAGGUUGAGUCAGAGUCUGUAUUAAAAUUUCUUUUCUCUUUAUGUGAGCAAGGGAGUAUACGAGAAGCUAUUUCUAUCCUUGAUGAAAUUGGAUCUAUAUAUUUCCCUGUUCGAAGGUUUAGUACUGAUUCUGUAUCUCAAACACCAAACAGGCUUUAUGAAUGUGAAGCUUGUGCAUCAUCCAGUGAAAAAAAUGAUUUGGAGAUGGUAGAGAACUCCUAUAAUGUGGGGAAUAGAGCUCAAGUUCUUGAUUUUGACUUUUGCUACUCCCAAAUAGCUUCACUCUGUUUGAAAGGGGAGCUGCAGAAAGCAAAUGGUGUAGUGAAAGAGAUGCUCUCAAGGUUGAAUACAGAUUCUUAGUUAAUGUGAAGUGCUAUUGCACACUGCCAUAAAGUUAUGAGCUUUUUCUGCCUCGGCAUUUGAAAAUAAGCGUCAGAAUGACAUCCUGCUGAUUCGUCUUAACACUUUCAUGAUGGUGCUUAGGGUCAGAUUGCUCUAGGCACUUUUAUCAAGUUAAAGGGUGCCACUAAUUUUUGCACAUCCUAAUCUUUCUCUGCAAGAAAAGAUUUCUUGUUUUAUUUUAGGGAAUAAACAUGAAUACUGCUCGGAAAGCUUUUAGUGAAUCAACAGGAAGACUGCUCAGGAAGUUAUCUAUCCUAGUGCCCUCUCGCAAACGAGCAGUUAACUAUGAAAUUCUGAUGGGAUUAACUACAUUAGUACUGAAUUCACACAUGGUUUACCAUUCCAGUCUGGAGGGCUUUACAAACCAGUGGUUAAGGCAAAGAGUUCUUUGACCUUUAGCUUGGUUUUCAAAGUGCUUUUUUGAAUUUAACAUUCCAAUCUGGAGGGGUUCUCUUUGGCCAUUUAAAUGCUGGUUUAACUUCAAAAAAAGUGUUACAGAAAAAUUCAGUAAAAUCAGACUUCCUAAAUUAUUUGCAAUUGUUUCUUGUCCUUUAUAUUGUUGGGAAAUUCCGCUGGUAAGGUAAAGGAAAGGGAGCCCCUUUCAUCAACCCAUUGGGGAACUUGUCACUCACUUCCUAUUAUGCUCUUCUCUCUUCAUUUUUGUUCUCUGGAUGAAGAGCAAGCAGUAAUUUCAUUUUCUUCCACUAUAUAUACACAAUUGUUUAGAAGUGUCCACAAUGGAUAAAAUAUCAGAGGAUGGAAAACCAUUUUUUAUACAUCUGAAAACUGCAUUAAGUAAUCAUCUUUUUUCUUUGCAAGUGCUGGAACUUUUAUAUGCAUGACAAAACUUAUUAAAAUCUACUUCUUUAAAAAACUUUUCUCUUUUACUCAUCAAUUCUCCUUUCUGCUUAUGUUGAAUGCAAACAUUUAUCUUUUGGCUUAUUUAUACAGUGUAUAAGGUAAUACAAAAACUAAGCUGAAUUUGUAUUAUCUGAGCUAAAAGAACAAUGAAAAGAAAGGUUACUAUACUUUGAACAGCCUUAAGUACAUAUUUAGAGUCAGCCAACAACUCACAGCUAAUUGAGAUUGAUCAAAAAACAAUAAAUGUCUUGAAAGUCGUUUGAGACAAUUCCAUGGAAAGGUUAAUAAUAUGGUUUUGUCCUGUAAAACAGUGGCUGUCCAUGUUUCAAAAAUUCUUUUCUUUCUUCCAGCUGAAAGGAAGAAUGAAGAAGCCCUAGUUAUCAUCUGGAGGAUUGUAUUUUCCCAGUUGAAUUUGAAGUAUCUAGCAAGCAUGAACAUACUCACAAGCAGAUAAGUCAACUGAUCAACCUGUGUUGACACUAUAGUUUCUGUAUCUUUGGCGAUCGCAUUAAAUAUUAGUGAUGAACAGUAAACUAACACACCACCUAAUAAUCCUACUUAUAUCAACUAGAUAAUCAAAAGCACUCCUAAUGGACCACGAAAAUAAAUUAUUGAACCGAAAGAAAAAGAUAGGCAUAAGUCUUUAGCUACUGAAACUUAUGAUUUCAUACAAAGUAGAAACAAAUUUUUUGCCCAUGCUGCAUAUGAAAAUUUUGAAAUCGACGCAGGCUUUGGCAGCCGUGGUUCCUUUGGUGAAUGAUAUAUUGUCAAGACUCUCAUAAUUCUUUCAUGAGGAUCUCAGGUUGUUUCCGCAAUGACCAUGGAUAUUAACUAGCUUAGUCAACUAGUGGAUAUUUUCCACACGCGUACUAUCACAUUCUACAUGGUUAUUUCUUGGCACAUAAUUCAACAGGAAUAUUUAUCACCAAUUUUUUUUUUUAUGCCGGUCUGCUGCUGCCAAUUCAUGUCAAAGGUUUAAUCCUACUCUGACCUAGGUUUAAUUUGAGUGGGGUGACCGUAACCAAUUUGCAUAAAAAAUUCUGUACUGGUAGUUUUUAUCAGGGAACAUUGGCUUCAGCAUACUAGUAUCAGUGGUAGUUUAAUUUGAGCAGAUAGGGGUUUAAGCUGUUGCCAACUAAGAGCAAUUAUUUAGGCAUGGGAGUUUGUUUUUAUUGAAAUUUGGCUUAUAUUUUGAUGGCUUAGAAGUUUGUUAGAAACUGUUACAGAUCUGGAACAAGGCCACAAGAUUUCCCAGCUGACAACACUUCUACGACAACUUCACUCAGCUUCUGCAAGCAAUACGUGCAGGAUAAUCACAAUGGAAUAAUAUUUGUUGUGCAAAUAUGAUUUUGAUAUUUUUUUGGAAAUGUAAAUCGGAUAUUUUUGUACUCAAUAUUUUGGAAUGAUAAACAAAGUUUCUGUUCUUCUA